GGCCUGAAAGUAAAUAUGUAUUAGGCGACGUUUCGGGCGAUCGCCCUUCCUCAUAGCGCGUAAACAUUGUUAUAGACACUACAGUAAAUGUGGAGUUACGGCUACUGUACAGACAUGGAUCCCGCGGGGUUUUAGUUAACGAACGCACCCUGUGGGUGACGUCACGGCCAGGCGACCAAUGGGCGCGGCCCUUAGUAGCAGUGGGAUCGCGCGGGAGUUUGUGUGUAGAGGCGAGGCCUGGGAAGGCCUCCGACCAACAACAACCAUCACCACCACCACGUUGAACUCCAUAGAACUGCCUUUCAUAUGAAGCCUUCAGUUACACAGCCCUUUGUCAAGCCCCCCUGCUGGACGAUGGAGGUUGUUUGACCAUACUUCGCCACGUUGGUCAUUGCGGAUUUGGUGAGGAUGAACCCCCUGCCUCAGAAUAAUCUCGAGGAGCAACUGCGGCUGCAUCAGAACAAGCUAUCGCGUUCCCGCAAUGCCACUCUCACGCCUCCCUCAGCCCAGCCCAAGGCUGGAUUCACAUUUAAAAAGACAGGAUCCUGCCCAACAAUUCCAGAACUGUCCAGUGCCCUUCCAAAGAGAACAUUUGCUCCCUCCAGUGGCGUUCUCAUUGCAAACAAAUUGCCUGGCAGUCCGACAAAGAAACCGCCUGUCGGAACCAACAGGGGUCCACAAAAACUCCUGCAGAACUCGCAGCAGAGCCGCAUUAGCACCUUCCUGCAGAGGCCAGAUCCGAAGUCUUCUCCGUCCGCUCAGCAGACCGCAACGACCUUGGCAACAGCGUCGAUUGCAACAACCUCUCGGGUGCCUACCAGCGACAAGCUCCCGUCGACCGGGACUCGCUCGCCGGAUCAGCCCGCGGUCACGUUGCCGGCGCCGGUUCCGGCGCGUCAAGUGGCAUGGGUGACGCCCAUGGGUGACCGUACAUGCCCGAUUAGCGCGCAGAAGAUUGAGAGUGCGGUCGACGAUGUUACGGCAAACGCACGAACAGAUCUUGAUGAUGCAAACCCAGACUCGGACCUUGAUGACUUCGACGUGGGAUCAGCCCACCAACAACGGAAAGCUCGCAACUGCUCUACCCUGCCUGCAGUCGAACCAUCUAAUGGCGGAGGUCUCGUUCAAGAGAACGCUCCAGCAACAGCUCUUUGCCUCUCAGGCACUUCCAACAGCAUCAUUACUGUUUCGGACGUAGCCGUUGAUGACGGGUGUAUUAACGACAGUGAUGAUGACAUCGUCAUAAGAAGAAAGCGUGGGAGGAUCUUCAUUGAUGACGAUGAUGAGGAUGAUGAUGACUGUGGCGAUGCUACGGUGUUAGUUCCUGAGCAACCUCUACUUCCUGGGAUGGAUUUGCAGACCGGCCAGACGUCUCCAAGCUUUAAUGGAACUCCGUGUGAAGAGAUGAGAUACGACCCGGGUGUUGUCGAACUCAAUGAACUUGACUUCGAGGACGACUCAUUUGAGGACGAGUAUGUGCCGCCAUCUCCGUCGCCCCCACCAAUCGUCUCUGUGAGCAGCCUGGGCCACACCGAAACUCUGCCCUCCAGUAUACCCACAGAGCGAGAGCAACUGCGUGCAAUGCUGUGCGAUGUGUCACGGUCGAUGUGCGCUCUGCUGGAGACUGUGCCACACAGCGCCAUCCUGAGCCUGCCUAUCCCACCCGCCGAUACCCACAAGCUACUCUCGCACCUCGCCAGGAGCCAAGCCAUUAUGCGGAAGCUGGACAGAUUGGAAACCAACCCACCACACACAAUUUCAGAUGCUCAAGAUCGGAGAUCAGUGGAGAGCAACGGAAACCCGCCACUCAUGAACACCAGCUUUUAUUCAAGCUCGGAUGUGAAUGUAAUAAAUCAGGACUCAAACCUCACCCCAAACCCAGGCGCGAGCUCAAAAUCAAGGAGUUCUUUUUAUAAUGAUGGUUACUCUGACGGGAUUUACGAUGAUGGUUCAAAUCUUCCAUCGCUCAUGACGAAAGCUGUGGCCGCUAGUGCCGGUCGUGGUGACGCUGUGAGCCACAGGGCUGGAAACCCAGGUGAUGUCAGCAAAAAUUGGAGUCCCUUUGCCAUCAGCGCCAGCUACGAGACACCCAACGCCACACACGGGGCUACACACGUGCCUCCCGCAUACGUGGAGACCCCGCGGGGGCGACCUCCACCGUCGUGCGACCGUGCUCGUGAAGACGCCCCCGACUACGACAAUCUGAGCGACGAUUACGACUUUUCGGAAAAUAUCGCCGAAAAGAAGGACAGAAACGACGAUGCUUUUGACAUCGAUGACUUUAACGACGAUGAUGAAAGUUGGGCACAGCAGCUGGCGGAUGGUGAUUGCGUAGAUGGGCAAGAACGCUUUGAUUGUGAGACACCCAAGCCAAUCAAAGAAGGACCCCCACUGCGUAAAAGCCUGCCUACGGGCGUCCAUGCCACGCCUGCACAGAGGUUGCCGAUCGCCGCAAGCUCAUUACGCGAAGCGCAAGUUCUGCACGAGUUCCAAGGGACAUCGUUCCCCCACUCCGCUGAGAUGCUCAAGGUGUUCCGGCACAAGUUUGGCCUCCUCCGCUUUCGCAAAAACCAACUAGAAGCUAUCAACGCAGCCAUGUUCAACCGGGACUGCUUUGUUCUCAUGCCCACCGGGGGUGGUAAGAGUCUGUGUUACCAGCUGCCUGCGUGCUUGUCACCGGGUGUCAGCGUGGUGGUGUCACCGCUGAGGUCUCUCAUCGUCGACCAAGUUCAGCGUUUGGCAUCACUUGAUAUCCCGGCGACUCACCUCUCUGGUGAUAUCAAUGACGGAGACCUGGCUGCCAUUUACAUGCAGCUUGCCAAGAAGGAGCCAGUGGUCAAGCUCUUAUAUGUGACACCAGAAAAGUUGAGCUGUAGCACUCGUCUGCUGUCGGCGCUCGAUAAUCUCUACCAGAGGCAGCUGCUGUCCCGUUUUGUCAUCGAUGAGGCCCACUGUGUGAGCCAGUGGGGACACGACUUCCGGCCGGACUACAAGCGGCUGUCGGAGCUGAGGCGCCGUUUCCCGACGGUGCCCAUAAUGGCGUUGACGGCCACGGCGACGACACGUGUGCAGACCGACAUCCUGCACCAGCUCACCAUGAACGCGCCGCUCACGUUCAUCCAGAGUUUCAACAGGGAUAACCUGAAGUACGAGGUUUUGCCAAAGAAGCCCAAGAAGGUAGCGGAAGACUGCUUGCAGUGGAUACGCAGCAACUACCCACGCGACUCGGGCAUAAUCUACUGCCUGUCGCGGCACGAGUGUGACACCAUGGCCGAGUCCCUACGGCGGGCGGGGCUGGAUGCCCUCAGCUACCACGCAGGGCUCACGGACAAGCAGCGCGACCAGUCGCAACAGUGCUGGAUCAACCAGCGCAGGUGCAAGGUCAUUUGCGCCACCAUAGCGUUUGGCAUGGGCAUUGACAAGCCAGACGUGCGCUACGUCAUCCAUGCGUCCUUGCCCAAGUCCAUUGAGGGCUACUACCAGGAGUCUGGCCGCGCGGGUCGCGACGGCAUCGUGGCCAAGUGCGUGCUCUUCUACGGCUACGGCGACGUCACGCGAUUGCGCAGAAUCAUCCACUCGGAGAGGGAAGGUGGUUCGCGGGAGAGCAAGCAGAUGCACAUGAGCAACCUCUACAGCAUGGUGCACUUCUGCGAGAACAUCUCCGAGUGCCGGCGCCUGCAGUUGCUCGCCUACUUUGGGGAGAAGGGGUUCGACCCGGGGUUCUGUCGGAAAAACCCUACCGUGGCCUGCGACAACUGCAGCAGCAUGCAGACAUUCCGCUUGCGCGACGUGACGGAGAACGUUAAGACGGUCGUGCGCUUCCUGCAAUCGUUGAGCGGAGGCCGCUGGGGGAGCAGGGGGGGCCUAGCGACGACGCGCUACACCCUCAACAUGCUCGUCGACAUCUUCCUAGGCACCAAGUCGGCCCGCGUGACCUCGGGCCCCAUGUUCGGUGUUGGCUCCAGCUUCUCGCGUCACAACGCAGAGCGGCUCUUCCGCAAGCUGGUGCUGGACGGUGUGCUGCACGAGGAGCUGCACAUCACCGGCAACGACCAGGCGGUGUCGUACGUCGGGGUCGGAUUGCGCGGCAACGACCUGCUCGCUGGAACGGCGUUCAAGGUGGAGCUGCAGGAGACGGAGAGCUGCAGCAGCAUGCGCCGCAGCCGCGCCCAGGUGUGCGGAGGCUCCUCGACGGCGCAGGUGAUGGCGGAGCAGUGUGCGCAGGAGCUCACCGAGCUGUGUCGGCGCCUCGGGGACGAGCGUGGCAUCAAGUACUACAACAUCUUCAGCACCGUCACGCUGCGCAAGAUUGCGGAAUCUUUCUCGGACGAUGCGGAGGCUCUCCUGCAGAUCGAGGGCGUCACGGAAGACAAGAUGCAAAAGUAUGGCACUGAGGUCUUGCAGGUCAUGAGCAAGUACACGCAGUGGCGCCUUCCAGGGAACGGCACCAACUCUACCGAAGGAACGUGGCUGGAUUGCAGCCGCCCGAUGGAACCCGGGCAGUCGCCUGGCACGUCCCACGUAUCACCGUACGUCCCCCCAUCCCCUUCGCCAUCGGCGGGAUCGUCUUCCGCUUACUUUAGCUCGGGGCACCGUGGCAGGGUGGGCAAGCGCAAGGCGAGAGGCGGUGGCCGGAGUUACAAGGGCAAUAACUACAAACGGCGUAGAGUCUCGGCGGACAGCGCGGAGGGCAGCAGUUACUCGAGCAGAGGGUGCGGCGGCCAAUUCCGCGGCAAGGGCCGGGCCGGCGCUCGCAAGGGCGGAAGCGGCAAGAGUGGCGGGGGUGCGGUGGGCUUCAUGGACAGCUCUUACACCCCCCCCAGUCGCGCGAUGGGCGCAAGCUGGACCGGUCUCAAUCGCAAGCCGGGACUCAUGGCCAUGCCCACACCGCGGGGUGCACGUACCACCUUCCCCUACAACAAAUGAGUCGUCGAGGCUUCCUUAUCGGGACACACUGGGGUGACGAAGUGCUGCAGUUCAUCCACAAGCACGGCUCAGUCCAACGUUACUACGUUUCGGCACAAGUGCGGGUACUGCUUAUGUUCUCUUAUUCCCCGGUUUAUGGUUGUUUCAGCGCUCCAUAUUUGGACUCGUGGACUGACGACAGCAAAGACCUUGUUUUAAAAUAAUAAAUAAAUGUAUAUCGAGCGACCGUUGGUGUACGUGUGUGCUUUGGCUCACUGCACCGUAGCAUUAGUAUUGAUUUCCGCUAAAAAAAUAUUCUGUCUGCUUUGCACAUAAGUUGUGGAUCUGGUGGAAAUACUUGAGGGUUUACAGGCGCAGUCAGUAUCACCAGUGCCCGGUGACGCACAUUCCAGUGAUGCCUGCGGGCCCUUUGACCCUUUGCUUUAACAACAAAGUAUUCCACAUUCUCACAUGAGCAAUUCAAGUCACAGAAGGCUGUGUUAAACAACAGAUGUAUAAUUUUAGUUUUGCUGCCGUGGCUGAAUAGCCCCGUCAUCGGUGCAAUCCCCACUGAGGCAGUCAGCACAAUGCUUAUGGUUUGAUGCCUGCUGUGAAUAUCUGCAACUGGUUAUGAGUGUGCACGUAUCGAUUCACCCCUGAUGUGAUAUGAUGAUCUGUCACAAUUAGUAGUCACAAUGUUGAUUUUAAGUUUUCGUGACUGCAGGAAUCCAUACUCUUUGGUUCUUUCGGUAAAGUCACGUGGGUAUAAAACAUAACAGAUCACGACGUUUCGAUCGUCAUCGAUUCUUCCGCCUGAUGACGAUUGCUUGCGUUGCGAUCGAAACGUCGUGAUGUUAUUUAUUUCUACCUACGUGACUUUACCGAAAGAACCAAAGAGUACAGUAGGCACAAUUUAAAUCAAAGUCAUCCCUUUUUGUCUUAUUUAUACCGUCUGCUAUCUUGUCUGUACUGCCCUAUACUGUCUCAUUGGUACUGUUUGUACUGUCCCACUUACGCUGCCUGUUUUCCCUGCAUUGUUGCGUUCAGAAUAUGUGCUGCUUAAUUUGUGCUUUCUGUGAUGUCUCACUUGUACUGCGUGAUUUGUUCUGUUCUGUUGCACCAUCCUGUGUUACGGUCUAAUUUCAUGAGGCUAUAGAUUUCUUUCGACGAUGCUUUGCCUUCUGUCUUGCACAUCAUCUUCUUUGGUUGAAGGGAUAACUUCGUUUUUACACCAUUUUCUGCAUUUGCGAGUAAUGGGAUUACAUUUCAGGUGAUGAAUCUUUACUCACCUAGUUCAUACAAAAAUUGUGCCGUGUGCUGUAAAGUGGACAAGGAAGACAACCCAAAAGAAUAAAUAGCUGUCUUGUUACUACAUACCAAGACUGGGUUUCAUGACCUGUCCAAUGCGAUUUGAAGCUUAACUCGUUUUUUUACGGAAUUGAAAAGAACAGCAAAAUGUGAGUUUCAGGUGCGAUGCCAUUGCAUCCUAUAUAUAAUUGGCAUCCAAGCCAUGCUGGAGCCUCACUACUCUAGCUACACCACGAUGCACCGUGUACAACAGUGAAAGUUGUUUCAUGUUAUUUUGUUCGUGGACCAACUUGCAUGGAAGAAAAUGUGAAAACCCACAAAGGCUGCAUUCACAUUGUUCUAUAGGGAGGAACUUGACUGUGUGCUUUAAUUGCACGUGUUAGUUCAACUAUUACAUUGCUAGGGAACAAUAUUAUUUUGGUACUGAAAAAGGACCUAAUUGUGUUUGUGUGGGUUGCAUUUCCCUUUAAGACGCUAGGCUAUUAUUGUGUGUCGGUGCCAUAUCUUGAAUGUUACACAUAAGUCCGAUUUGUAACGUGCACAAUUUAUUGUGGCGAGUUGCUAUAACAAGUAAGAUAAAUUGGCUACAGGUUAUCAGAAAGUUUAUCAAAGUCCUUUUAGUCUAAAUUCUAAAAAAGUCUGGAUACAUAUUUAAAUGUCCCUUUUUUGGCAAUUGUGUUUUGUGUUUGUAGUUUCAAACUAGAGGAGAUCAUGGAGAGCCAAGUUUUUUCUCAGUGGGGAGUGGGAAAAUGCAGGAAGUUGGUUUGGAAUUGAGCAUGCAAUAUACAGGAUUGCGAACUGCUGCGAACACCCCAAUGUCAUAUUAAAUGCAUGGAGAAAAUGUAAAAAAAUAUUUGUUAACAGAAAACAUUUUUACAAUAAAUUACAAUCUUAUAUGUUCAACGUGGAUAAGCAUUAGUUAUCUUCGAAUAUUUAGGUUGUAACUGCUGUGAAAUGCGUAACCCACACAAUUAAGGUUACUCAUGCCAAUACACACACCGGUCACUGCAGUGCUAGUAAGGCAUGCUUCAUGUUGUGUACGACGAGUGUGUUUUGCGUGUUAGAAAGUAAAUGUAUUUAAUGUGUAUCGGUGUAUUUAAUCGUCGCAAUGUGGUGCUGACCAUCUCUACACAUUCAAUAUUUUCCCUGAAUGGUUAUCCAUGCCGCAGCCUAUGCCAUCCCAGAAAGGCUUACGGCCACUCCCUCCUUCCUGGCGGGCCGUGUCCGCAUGGGUUGAGAACAGCUGUUUCUCUCACGUAACCCGAAUUGUGAAUGCUGGGAGUGGUUACAAUUGGUGGCGUAGGAAAAGCGUAAUUUUAUGUAGAUAAAUUGGAUCCCAGAAGAUGAUACACGGAACACAUGCCAAUGUAAGUACAAUUUAAUUUAAAGGUAAUGUCAUGUGUGUAUUGGACAAUACAAAAUUGGCAAGAUCGAAAGUAUAGUUUAGCAAGUUUUGUCAUAACAGUAAAUAAUGUAUGCCAUGAUUUAAUAAUACUUAAAUGGAACAAACUAUAUGUCUGUCUCUUUCAUCUCGUAAAUUAGCAUAGCACUGGGCAGAUCACCGAACUGACUUUACCAUUCUUUUUUAUUUACCAUUAUUCAUUGAUGGUAUCCGACUUGACUUUUGUCGUACUUAUUAUUGUUUAUGUCCUAUGUAUGUUCCCAUGUUCAAUCCAGCUUUGGCUUUUUGUUCUUGAGGAUCUGAGCCAGUGCUGGAAAUUCCACAUUCGGCCGUCUCCAUAUUGUGACCAUUGUCGACUUGGCCAGUGAAGAGAGAUCACUGUACGUGUAUUCAUAUUGUGGUUGUAUUAUCAUCUGAACGAUACGUAUGCUACAGGACCGAGGUGGAACCUGGAAAUAUUAUGACGCUUGAAACCAAGUGCCUAAUUAAGACCACACUUGCAAAUGUUGUUACAGUUUGUUAUUAACCAGCACUAACCUUCCGUUCGUGACAGGAUGCUGCUGUAUUGUAACGGUUAGCACAGUGGACGCCGGUUCCAUCUCCCAGCCCACCAGCAGUAAUGUAUAGGUGGAUCGGCAGGUGGGGGUAACGUGGGUCCUUUCUACCCCUUCCAAAUGCGUUAUGACCAGCGUGGGAGAGUAGUUGGCUCUUGACCUCCCGUCUUGUGGAGGGCCUUUCGCCAGCAGAGGUUGUGAGCACCAGUAAUAGCUCGAGUUGUAUUUUUGCCUGAUUUGUGGGCGUUGAGAAAGUGUUUAUAAUUUGUUAAUAGUUUUAACGUUUUGUUGGAUUUGAAGGCUUCGGUUGCUGUUACGAUUUGUAUAAAUGUAUGACUAGUGGUGAUACACGCACGGCGUCAGUCGUGCAUUAUUUCACACGUUGGCGUUGUUUCGGUGUUAAUAAAGAUUUUUUGAAGCAA